GCUGAAAGUGGAUGAACAUGGGUUUGUGAGUGUCAACCUGAAUAGAAUGUUGAAGACAAAUGAGCCAUUUGUCCUUGCAAGUCAAGUAUCCCAGGUAUUUUAUGCAGAAGACAAUGUUAAUAAGAAUUGGCACUUAGCUGUAAAGGUGCCACCUCGAGCCAUGGAUGUGUUGCUAAGUGAAAUGGUUCAGCCUAUAGAUUGAAGACUGUUCUGUUCGGCCAAGUUUGUCAUUAUUGAAGAUUCUGGAAAGUGACUGUUCUGUUUGGGUUCAUUACUCUUUUUGUUGGUGGUGAUGAGAUUUUGGGGUGAUGUUCAUGGAUACUCUCUCACAGCAAGCUCCAAGAAGACGGUGGUCUACACAGC